AUGUUUUUAAAAUUAGAACUUGUACCAGGUAAAAGUCUUGGAGACUUUAUCCUAGGUAUGUCAAUAUCAGAGGCAUUAAAUAUUGUGAAACAUAACAAUGUUCAAAUUAACACUGUACAAAUUAUUUUUAAUGAUAAUGAUCCUUUAAGUUUAGAUAUAGUAAUUAAAUUAGUAGAUGAUGGUGUUUUAUUAAGAUUUGAACCAAAAUCACAAAGAUUAAAAGUUAUUGAAAUAUUUGAUGUAAAGAAAUUAUCAUUAAGUUAUAGGGGUUCAAUUUUUAAUCAAGAGGAUCAUACUGCAACAUUUGUUGAUAUCUAUUCAAAGUUUGGACCUUCAUAUCCUGGUGAUUUUAAUUUGGAGAAAAGCAUUUAUCAUCUUCAUUACCCAGGAUUAUCAUUUAGCUUUAGAAUACCUACAGCAUUUAAGUCACUUUAUCAAAGUAGCACAGAGCUACCAGUAGAGUUACCAGAUGGUAGUACACCUUUGGUUGAAAAGAUAUUUGUAUAUAGUGGUUUGCAAAUGAAAACACCUUUACCUGUAAUUCCAAUUCAUAAUGAAGAAAUUUUAGUUUGUCCAAAUGAAGGAGUUUAUUUUAGUAAAAGAAAUUGUAUUCUUACAUUUAAUUCAACUACACAAGAUGUUUUAAGCGAACUUGGACCACCAUCAAAAAUUUAUCAUAAAGAAGAGGAUAACAUGAAGAUUCAUACAAAUGUUGAAGGUUCAGUAGCACAAGAUUACUUUUAUAAUUACUUUCAUUUUGGUAUUGAUAUCUUAUUUGAUAUUAAAAAGAAUACAAUUAAAAAAUUUAUACUUCAUACAAAUUUCCCAACUCAUUAUGAAUUUAAUUUAUAUACAAAAUGUUCAUUUAAAAUUAUUAGCGAUUUACAAACACCAAACUCAUCAUCAAUUAUUUUUAAUACUAUUAAAAGACAUCUUUCAGGAAAACCAAUUAAUAACUUAACAAUUACUCAAUCGAACAUAUCACAAAAAAAGGAAUUAAAUUCUAUUUUACCUUCAGAUGCAAAAAAUAAUAAUAAUAAUAAUAAUAAUAAUAAUAAUAAUAAUAAUAAUAAUAAUAAUAAUAAUAACUAUAACGAAUUUCAUCUUGAAACAGAUAUUAAUUAUGUUCACCCUGAUCAAAAAUGGGAAGAGGUUCAAAAAAUAUUUGGAAAGUGCGGAAAACCAGUUGUAAAUAACAGAGGGUCUAUUUCAAAUCCAUUUGGCUCAACUUAUUUCUAUGGUUAUUCAGGUAUUAUCUUUGAAAUCAUGAAAAAUAAUUAUAUAGCUUCUGUCUGUUUAUUUAAUGAUAUCGAAUCAAAUAAUAAUAAUUUUAAUAAUAAUAAUAAUUUUAAUAAUAAUAAUAAUAAUAAUAAUAAUAAUAAUAAUAAUAAUAAUAAUAAUAAUAAUAAUAAUAAUAAUAAUAAUAAUAAUAACAUUUUUAAUAAUAAUAAUUUUAAUAAUAAUAAUAAUUAUAAUAAUAAUAUGGCUGAUAUAAGCAACAAUUUAAAUAAUAUGAAUAUGAAUUACCAACCACAAAUUAAAGGAAACCAAAAACAAUAA